CGCAUCAUCGAUUUUUAAAUGAACUAAUUCAGUAUUUGUCAGUCACGCAUACAAAUAUUUCUUUUACAUUUUUUACUCAUUUUAAGCGUCGAGUUAAAUGUCAAAAAUGAUCGAAAUGGAGUCUCAUCAAUCGAAUUUACCGAAGGGCCCUCGAACAUUGACUCUUACAAGUGACGAUUCUGGCUUCGGUUUUACCUUCCGCCGCAAAUACAGACGGUGCUCUGGCAAAAUUAAUGGAUUUUUUUUUCCUAAUGAUAUCCCGAAGGUUACGUCUGUAAUCGAGGGUGGAGCCGCUCACCGAGGAGGGCUUCGUGCAGGAGACAGGAUAUUAAAAAUGUAAGAUAAUAAAAAUUGUCUUUGAAAAAAAAAAAAAUAAUAAUAAAUUUGUGUAGAUAGUUGUGACCUACUUUUUUUAUUCAACUAUAAUAAAUGAAUUUCUGCUUGUUUUGCAAACAAUCCGUAAUUUAAAAUUGUUAUUUUUAUUUUCAUAGAGGUGACAUAUUAUAUAAUAAAUUUGAAGUACACGAAAUUCAAGAAUUGAUUGAUUCAUGCGUUGCAGGCAAUAAAACUUUGGAAUUGAAAAUUAUCACACCAUUGGUAUGAUUUUUAUUAAAUUGAGUGACAUACCAUUAGUCUGUUGUAUUGAUCUUACAACAUGAAUCUUUAUUUGUAAAGUUUUCUUUACUCUCAAAAUUUUUAUGAAAUAUACUAUUUUGAGAAUAUUAAUGAAAAUGUACAGCUUAAAUUAUUUUAAUUAUUUUAAUGUUUUUUAACCAUAGAAAUUAUGAUUAUUGGAUAUUUUCACAAACAUAAAAAGAAAACUAACUUGAAUAUUUUGAACGAAAAACCCAACAUUCAACAAGGGAAAUUAUUUAUUUGCUUUUGCAAUUUUGCAUAUUUGUAUUGAUUGAUUAAAAAAUGUUUAAUUUAUACUAAAGCGGUUUUCAUGACCUACCGAUUGCCCAUGGUUUGAACUUUGCAUAAUGUUAGAACUUUAAAAAACUAUAAUUUUGAAAUUAUAUCAGUCCGCUCAAUUCUUACUUCACCAUUGUUAAAUCGACAAUAUACACAUGUUCAAAACAAAAAAUUGAAAUUUUAGAUUUGUUCCACAUAAUUUACUUGAAAGAUUUUCGUCAAAAUUUUAUAUUAAAAUUCCUUUAUAAAAAAAAUACUACAUUAAACUCAAUUUUUUUUUUUUUGAUUGAUUUUUAAUUUUUCAAGCGGUUUUUAUCAUGAAAAACCUGGAUAAAGUGUCGAUAAAACGAAUAAAAAUGUAGGUAAUAGUAAAAAAAUAUUAUGACCUUUUUAUUUUUCUAUGUACAACUUUUUUACCAGCAAUUUUGUUCAGAUUUAAAAUGAUAGCACUUUUUCUAAAAGAAAAUCUGACAAGAAAGGUACCUUAAGGAGGUAAUUUUGAUUUCCCCAGGAGUUUUUCCAAAAAAUGUAAAAAACCGGGAAAAUAGACAUAAAUAGACAAAGUAUUACUUUAAAUAAAUAUUGGUGUUAACAUUUUUAAUUUUCGUAACUAAUAACACUCGACUUGUGACUACUCUUCCUCUCUCUGAACACAAAAGUGAAAUAUCCUGUCAAAUGGCUGAAAGAGAUGAAAAAUGUUAAUACCAAAAUUUAUUUAUAGUAAUACUUCGUCUAUUUAUGGGAUUUAUAAUAUAAGUUUUCCUUUAAAAUACUAUAGUUUCACCGAAGGAAUACCUUAGAAAAAAAUGCCGUAUAAUUAUACUAUUUUCCUGUUUGUUGGGAAAAAUCCUGGAAAAAUCAAAAAAUAACUUUCUUAAAUUACCUACUCAGUCAAAUUUCUUUACAGAAAAAGUCCUUCAUUUGUAAUUUAGAGCAUGAUUUUUGAAAGAAAAGUUGUUUACAGAUAAACAAAAAAAAAGUAAUGAUAAUAAACAUUAUAAAGCCAAUACAUUCCUUGCUCAACUUAGAAUAGGGUAAGGACGUUUACUGAAUCAUCCUGUACUUAUUCCUGUAAAUAUUAUUGCAUAGUCACGUUUUUAGUUUGUACAAAGUUUUUUUUAUAAUAAACGGAUAUAGAGUGGGCAUAUAGUACAGUUAAUAAAUUACAUAGGGAAUUAGUUAACACAUUUGUGAACUAAAUAAUUGUUUAUUUUUAUUUAAAUUUACAGGCCUUUCAAAGAGCAUUCUAUCAAAAUAUGUCAUUUUUUAAAAAGGUGGAAAUGAAUGUCUUCUCUCUCGGUUUGCUUUAUUUUUAGGCCAUUUCUACACAAUGGAAAU